AUGCCCGUACUUGACCAUGAGACGCCUCACGAAAUCACGCCGCAACCGCCUGUAGAAUUGUCAGAAAUCCCGAAACAAGGCACGGAACUUACAGUAGGGAACGAGAACUCCCAGCAAAAAAAUGAUACACCAGAGUCUCUCGAAACGAUAAACAGGGAAAAGAAUGACGCAAAUUACCCCAAAGGCAUGAGGCUUUUUCUUAUAGUUCUCUCUUUGUGUCUUGCUGUCUUUUUAAUGGCACUAGACAAUUCAGUCAUAACCACCGCUAUCCCGAGCAUAACGAACGACUUUGGUAGCUUUUUGGACAUUGGUUGGUAUGGAAGUGCUUAUCUGUUAACAACGGCCUCUUUGCAACUUCUAUUCGGCAAGAUUUACACAUUCUGGAGCAUCAAAUGGGUUUUCUUAUCAGCAAUCGGAAUAUUUGAGCUCGGUAGUCUCAUCUGCGCUGUCGCACCGACAUCUAGCGCUUUUAUUGCCGGACGAGCUAUUGCUGGAUGUGGUUCUUCUGGAAUAUUUUCUGGCGCGUUACUGAUCAUAACCCAUACUUCACCACUGGAAAAGCGGCCCACGUACAUCGGCCUAGUUGGCGGUAUGUAUGGUAUAGCGUCAGUAGCCGGCCCUAUCAUAGGAGGUACUCUUACUGACAACGUGUCGUGGCGAUGGUGCUUCUAUAUCAACCUACCGAUUGGCGGCCUCACAGUUUUGAUCAUUUUCUUGAUACUCAAAGAUCCGCAGCGGGAUGUACCAAAGCUUCACACUUGGAUCGAUCGUCUGUGGGCUUUAGAUCCCAUUGGUACUCUGUUCUUUCUGCCCGCAAUGGUGUGCUUGUUGCUAGCUUUGCAAUGGGGAGGUACGAAUUAUAGUUGGAGUAAUGGCCGAAUUAUAGCUCUGUUGGUGCUUUUUGGCGUCCUUACUAUAGCGUUCCUACUUGUGCAAGUCCGUUUGAAAGAAGCUGCAACGGUGCCGCCGCGUAUCUUCGCCAACCGCUCCGUGUGGGCGGGCUGUCUCUACGGAUUCUGUACUGGAGGAGCGUUUUUCUUGAUUAUAUACUAUGUGCCGAUCUGGUUUCAGGCGAUUCAAGGGGUAUCAGCUAUUCAAUCCGGUAUUCGAAACCUACCAAUGAUGAUCUCGACCAUCCUGAUGUCUAUAGUCGUUGGCGGCUUAGUGACAGCUUUGGGAUACUACACGCCAUUCAUGAUUGCAGCAGCGAUCCUCUCUUCGGUUGGAGCUGGGCUCCUCUCUACUUUCGAUGUCCACACUCCUGCUUCGAAAUGGAUCGGUUAUCAAAUUCUCUUCGGUAUUGGAUACGGCUUGGGUUCAAGACAGCCCUUGGUGGCCGUCCAGGCAGCCCUGAAGACGGAGGAUAUACCUAUUGGUACAUCAGUCGUUAUGUUCCUUCAAACACUUGGUGGAACGAUUUUCGUCAGUAUCGGAAACUCAAUAUUUACAAACUCCCUUGUCAGCUCUCUUGAACGAAAUGUGCCUUCCGUGAACCCGGCUACUAUCACUGCAGCCGGGGCAAGUGACAUCCAGAGUAUUGUAUCCGCCGAGGAUCUUCCGCAAGUACUUGUCGCAUAUAAUCAUGCUUUGAACCAGGCAUUCUUGGCUGCUGCUUCAAUGGCUGCACUUUCUGUCUUUGGAAGUGUUUUGGUUCCGUGGAUGAGUGUGAAGAAGAAUUAUGCCAAAGUGGAAGAACCAACAGAAGAGGCUAAUUGUAAAUGA